AUGGCGGAGGCAAGCGGUGCAUGGCCGCACGUGUCAACAUACCAGACACGCUGGCUGGACAACGAUCAAUAUGGCCACCUCAACAAUUCGGCGUACUACCUCGUGGCGGACUCGGUCAUCAAUGCGUUUCUCAUCGAAAAGUGCGGUAUCCAGCCGUUCAUCCAUCCUGGCGAUUCGGCGCCAGCGCCGAGCACGGACAAGAAGCAGUCGCGCGACGUGGUCGGGUUGGUGAUCAGCAACUCGUGCCGCUAUUUCGCAUCGUGCUCCUUCCCGGCGCCGCUCCGCGUUGGACUGCGCGUGGUCAAGCUGGGAACGAGCUCGGUGACGUACCAGGUCUCGAUCAGCGAGUACGGCCAGCACGGCGUGCACGACGCACAGCAGGCGGCGGCGCUCAUCACAUCCACGCACGUGUUUGUCGACAGGAUAACGAGGCGACCGGCAACGAUGCCCAAGCAGCUCCGAGUCCCGCUUGAGGGCCUGCUUGUCAAGAUCGCAGGAUCAGAAAAGGCAAAGUUGUAG